AUGCCGAACGUUUCCGUAGUCGUACUUUGUGCCGUCGCGCUGACGAUUGCGGCCGUCACCCCAACGCAAGCCUUUGUCCCGCGCUCGUCGCCGACUCGGCACGGUGCCACUACUAGCAGCAGCAGUAGUAACAGCGGUAGCCGUAACGGUCGUGGUAGUAAUACGCUGUCGACCACGCUUACGGCGUUGCCGUGGCAAUCGCUGGCGGUCAAGGGCGCCGCGGCGGCUGCGACGGCGGCGGUGGCUGGCACGGCAACGGUCAAACUGGUCCUGGACAAGCCCUCACGCACCUACGGAGACGACACGGUUGCCAAGGAGUACGACGCCUGGGCCGACGACGGAAUUCUAGAAUACUACUGGGGCGAACACAUCCAUCUGGGGUACUACAGUCCGGAAGAAAUGCGGCAAGGCUACAAGAAGAAGAAUUUCGUACAGGCCAAGUACGAUUUCAUCGACGAAAUGAUGACCUUUGGGGGGAUCGACGCCACGACGCACAGCAAGGCCAAGGUCCUCGACGUCGGUUGUGGUUUUGGCGGGACGUCCCGGUAUUUGGCCAAAAAGUUGGGGUCGGACGCACACGUGACGGGUAUUACGCUGUCGCCCAAACAGGUCCAGCGCGGUACCGAACUCGCCGUGGAGCAGGGUGUUGCCGACAAUACCCGCUUUACCGUCAUGGACGCCCUCCAAAUGGACUUUCCGGACAACUCCUUCGACAUUGUAUGGGCCUGCGAAAGUGGUGAACACAUGCCCGACAAGAAAGCCUACAUUAGUGAAAUGAUGCGGGUCCUAAAGCCGGGGGGAACCUUCGUCAUGGCCUGCUGGUCGCAGCGGGACGACAGUGAAACGCCCUUUGAUCAACGUGACAAGCGGGACUUGCAGUACCUUUACGAAGAGUGGACGCACCCGUACUUUAUCUCCAUUAAAGAUUUCCGCAAGCUCAUUGACGACACGGACGUGAUGAACCCCGUCACGACCGCCAACUGGGUCGACGAAACGAUCGCCUCCUGGCGGCACUCUAUUUGGGUCGGGGUCUUUGAUCCACGAGGAUGGAUCUUCAAGCCCAAGACGUACGUCAAGUGCUUUCGGGAUGCCUAUUGUCUGGAACGCAUGCACCGAGCCUUUAAACGAGGGUUGAUGGAGUACGGAAUGUGGACGGCGACCAAAAAGGAAGAAAGCUAA